CAGGCCUGUCAGAUACAAGAAAUAUUUUCUCAUGAAAACCAUGGGUAGUACUGAGCUUUCAAAUAAUGCAAAAACACAGGAAAGACCAAAAUGGGACAAUAAAGUCCAGUACUUGUUGACAUGUAUUGGAUUUGCAGUGGGUUUGGGAAAUGUAUGGAGAUUUCCCUAUUUAUGUCAGACCUAUGGAGGAGGUGCAUUUCUAAUUCCAUAUGGAAUAGCGCUUAUCUUUGAAGGAAUACCAUUAUUUUACCUUGAACUUGCAAUUGGACAACGCUUGAGGAGAGGAAGCAUAGGAGUCUGGAAUGCAAUUUCACCAUAUUUUGGAGGAGUUGGUGUUGUUUCACUUCUUGUUUCUUUUCUGGUGGGAGUGUAUUAUAAUACUAUUAUUGCCUGGAUCCUUUGGUACUUUUUCAAUUCAUUUCAGGACCCGCUUCCUUGGAGUUAUUGCCCUACUUUCAACCAAACAGGUGACAAUGAAGAGUGUGCCCAAAGUAGCACAGUUAGUUACUUUUGGUAUAGAAAAACAUUGAAUAUAACUUCAACCAUAAAAGACAAUGGGGAUUUGCAGUGGUGGAUGGUAUUAUCUCUGGCAGCUGCUUGGGGAGCUGUGUACCUAUGCACAAUAAGAGGGAUUCAAUCUUCAGGAAAGGCAGUUUAUGUUACUUCUACUUUCCCGUAUGUUGUUUUAACAAUAUUCCUAAUUCGUGGUUUCACAUUGCCGGGUGCCAUAGAUGGAUUACAAUAUCUUUUUACUCCUGACAUAGCAAUAUUGAUGAACCCACGUGUAUGGCUGGAUGCUGCAACCCAAAUAUUUUUUUCCCUUUCCUUGGGUUUUGGAGGAUUAAUUGCAUUUUCAAGCUACAAUCCGGAACAGAAUGAUUGUGAAAAGGAUGCAGUGACAAUAGCUGUCAUAAAUAGCCUGUCAUCACUAUAUGCCUCCAUUCCAAUAUUUAGUAUUUUAGGAUUCAAAGCAAAAACUGGCUUCUGGCAAUGCUUGGACAGAAAUAUUAUCUCCUUAAUUAAUGAGUUUGACCUAAGUGAAAUGACUAUUACAAGAGAAAACUACGAGGAGUCUUUUCAUAUGCUCAAUUCAACCUACCCAGAUAGAAUAUUUAAUUUAAAAAUGAAAGAAUGUAACCUUAAAGAAUUUCUUGACCAGAGUGCAUCUGGUACUGGAUUGGCAUUUAUCGUCUUCACUGAAGCAAUCAUUCAAAUGCCUGGGUCCCAAGUGUGGGCUAUUCUCUUUUUUACAAUGUUAUUCAGCCUUGGUUUGUCUUCAAUGUUUGGAAAUAUUGAAGGAGUGCUCACACCAUUGUUAGAUCUUGAAAUAUUUCCAAAAUGGAUACCAAUUGAAGCUAUAUCAGGUUUAAUAUGUCUGAUAUCAUUUGCAUUUUCUCUUAUUUUUACAAUGGGAUCUGGAAAUUAUUGGCUUCAAAUCUUUGACUCCUUUACGGGUUCUUUAACACUUUUGGUAGUUGUUUUCUUUGAAGUUAUUGCUGUCACAUAUGUAUAUGGAAUUGACAGAUUUAGUGAAGAUAUAAAGUGGAUGACUGGCAGACGUCCAAAUAUAUACUGGCAAGCUACUUGGAGAUAUAUUAGUCCUUUGCUAAUGGCAGCCGUGUUCUUAUCAUAUAUUGUUAUUCAGUUUUUAACACCUCUGACUUAUGAAACAUGGGAUCCAGAUUAUGCAGUAAUCCAAAGGAUCCGUAAACGGAAGCAAAGUAAACGUAAACGGAAGCAAAGUAACGAUGUCUGUAGGACAAAAGAUGGUAAAACAUAUGCCAAGCCAUCCUGAUUUAUGGUAACAUAGACAUUUUUUAGAAAGGAACAAUACAAUUUCGUCCAGCCCUCAAAGCAAGUACAAUGCAGUAGAUUAGAAAAUGGGAAAACAAUGGUUGCUAGCGGUCUCAAGCCUAAAAGGGAGCGAGAGGCUGUGGAAGAGUUAGAAGACAAGACAAGGUGGAGAAUCUAUCCAAUACUGACAUUUCUUAUUGAAAGUGGAAAGAGUACUUGACCCGGAGGCCAAGACCUUUUCAAAAGCAAAUGUGUGAUUACUUUUCUGUAUGAUUUGUGA